AGAAGAAGUCUGAGGAACAAAGCAAAGGGCUCCAUGUAUCUGGAUUGUCUUGGGUUAAACCUGGUUCUGUUUUACCCUUCAGUAAGGAGGAGAACUCUCUGCAGACUUAAUGAAAAUUGACUGCCUGGCCUACGUGUGGACUUAAUAAAUCUAUAAUUAUGGCAAUGACUGUAUGGAUAAGAGGCAAAAUCACGCACUCUCCCAUGAGUUAUUUUUAAUUUCUAGCAUGCAUUUGCUUUUUAACUUAAAGGUUCGUUUUGGGGAUUUUUUCUUUAUUUUUUCUUUUUAUAAGUUUCUUAUCCCUGGUUUGCUGAUGCAUCAUUUUCCUGGCUGAGACCUUCCAGGAAUCUAAAAAAUUAGUUACUGAGGAAUUGUGUUUCAAUCUUAUGGGGAUAUGUGGUGUACAGCACACUAUAGGUUGCAUGGACGGUUCUCAGCUUGAUGAUAUUGCUUUUUAUUUAAAGCAAAGGUAAAAUAUGUCUCACUAAACAGAACAUGGUCUUGUAUAUAGAGAAGGGAUGGGCUGUAACUUUUAUUUGGAAAGCUAAGCUCAGUAUAAACACUACAUUUAACAGGUCUGGAGUAUUUAACUUUUUAAAUUUGUUUAUUCAAUUUGUAAAUAAUGAUUAGAUUAUAAAUUUGUAAAUAUCUUGUUUGAUAACUCAAUAUCUAGCACUUUGCGGGCAUAGGGGAAGUUGUGUUUUUGAAACUGUGGUCUUAUGAUUUAAAUGCUACGAUCUGUAGGAUAAAUGUUCCUUUUUCUGAGAUAGCAGACAUUUUCUGUUAUCUGAAUGUUUUGCCAGAGGCACAUCAUCAGUCAUAAUGGGUAAACUAAACCGUUGUAUUCUGGAACUUUUUCCUUCAUGAUCCCUUGUCUUCAGAUUGUUUUUGGUUUACUUCAAUAAAGACAAAAUCUAGCAUUUUACAGCAUUACAUUGAUAUUAGACAACUCAUGAUUUUAUUUAUAUUUGGUUUUAUUUAUUAGUCUAUUAAUAUGCUAUCGCUCAUGUUAGCAUGCAUUUGUUGUACAGAUUUUAUCAAAUGCAUUCUGCUCACUAAUACUCCUAAAUAUUUGGUUACUAAGAAUUACUUUCAGUAUUAAAGGGAUACUAAACCUAAUUUUUUUUUCUUUUAUGGUAGAGCAGUCAAUUCUAAGCAACUUUCUAAUUUACUCCUAUUAUCAAUUUUUCUUUGUUCUCUUGGUAUCUUUAUUUGAAAAAGCAGGAUUGAAAGCUUAGAAGCCGGCUCAUUAUUCGUUCAGCACCCUGGAUAUCACUUGCUGAUUGGUGGCUAUUUAGGCACCAAUCAGCAAGCGCUAUCCUGCUUUUCAAAUAGAUACCAAGAGAACAAAUAAAAAUUAAUAGGAGUAAAUUAGAAAGUUGCUUAGAAUUGCCUGCUCUAUCUGAAUCAUAAAAGAGAAAAUGUGGGUUUAGUAUCCCUUUAACCUACAAUCAAUGUUUCAUAAUACUUAUAAGGGGACAUUUUUUAUUUAUUUGUAUUUAUUUUAAGACAAGUAUGGUGUCUUACUGCCCAUUAACAGAGCUGUGAGUAGCCCCCUUGUCAUAUAUAGUUUUUUUGUUUCUUUACAGUGAUCCACCUGUUUACUUUGAUUUUGAAGUACAAUCUGUAAACCGGUUUACAAUAAAAAAGUGUUAGCGUUUAA